AUGAUAAUGUCAGUACUGCAGUAUCCACAAAUUGAUAUGUACUGGUCAGAAAAGUGGAAAGUUUCCAUAGUUGCAAUAGCUAUGAAAAGGAACAGAUUCUUUUUUAUCAGACGACGGCUGAAGUGUGUUUAUGAUGCUGAAGUGACAGCAGAACAGAAGAUACAAAAAAAUUGGAAAAUACAGCCGCUGUUUAAUCGAAUCUUGGAGAUGUGUCACGAACAAAACCGGCCCAAGAAUAUUGACGAAAUGAUUAAUCCGUUUACUGGAAAAUGUCCGAUGCACCAAUACUGUCCUAACAAACCGAACCCUGUUGGGCUGAAGGUUCUUGCUACGCCGCAAGGCGCAGUUUGUGACGUGGUGAUUUAUCAGGUUAUACUACAUUUGCCCUAUCUAAAAAACUACAGUAUUUUGCAAAUAAUG